AUGCGAACUGGAAUGAUUAUUAAUAUAUUACAUCAAAAUUUAGAUUCAUUUCUUGAAGAUGCAAAAGUGAUGUUGAUUGAUCGUUUAGAGAAUGAAUUAAGCAAAAAGAGCGCUAUUAAACUUAAUACAAUUUUGGCUUGUAAUUUUCAAAUUGUUAAACAAGAAGAAAUAGAAAUUGAGACAAAAUAUUUUAGUGAUGGAUGUAUGGAAAUAUUGCAAUCAUCAAAUCUUGACGAUAUUUUAUCAAAUAACUUUGAGAUACUUAAAGCUGAUCUGGAAGAGAAAGAAAUGCGUGGUGCAGGUGAUAUUGAUCUUUUGGCUUUAAAUAAGGAAAGUUACAUAAGCUUCACUAAACGUGUCAAAGGUACUAGGAUUAAAUUACGUUCUAAAGACUCUUAUAAAUUCAUGGCUAGCUCAAUAAGUACACUGGCAAAUGAAUUAGAGGAUAAUGAUAAAAAACAAUUGCCCUCAAAACAUGAUUUUUAUUCUCAACUUAAUGAAGAGCAUGUAAGUGAUGAUGAUUAUGCUCAUGCUUGCAAUGUAUGGAGAGUAUUUAAAUUAAAAAAUCUGGGAGAAUACUCAGAUUUAUAUCUUCGUACAGAUGUUCUUCUUUUAGCUGAUAUAUUUGAAAAUUUUAGAUAUUUUUGUUUGAAAACCUAUGAUUUAGAUCCAGCUCAUUAUUACACUCUCCCAGGGUUGAGUUUUAACGCAAUGUUAAAAUAUACAGAGAUUGAGUUGGAAUUAUCAAUAGAUGCUGAUAAAUUAUUGUUUAUUGAGGGGGGUAUUAGAGGUGGCUUAUCACAAUGUUCACAUCGUCAUGUCAUUGCAAACAAUAAGUAUAUGAAAGAAUACAAUCCAAAUAUUAGAGAUUCAUAUUCAAUGUACUUUGAUGUUAACAAUUUAUAUGGUUAUGCAAUGGCUUCUACACCACCAGUAGGUAAUUUUCAGUGGGUUGAGAACUUUGAUAUAAAUUCAUUACAAUCUAUUGGGGAUGAUGCUGAAUGGGGUUAUAUUUUGGAAACAGAUCUGGAUUAUCCAGUAGAGCUUCAUGAUGAAUAUAGGGAUUUACCUUUGGCACCAGAACGGCAAAUACCUCCUUUAACUACAAGUAAAUGCCCAAAAUUAUUAGCAACUCUUUAUCCUAAAGAAAAGUAUGUGAUUCAUUAUAGAAAUUUAAAACAAUACGUAUCUUUGGGGAUGAAAAUUAAAAAAGUACAUAGAGUUUUAAAAUUCAAACAACGAGCUUGGUUAAAACCAUUUAUUGACUUAAAUACUGAAUUACGUACCAAGGCAACAUCACUCUCUGCUAAAAAUCUAUUUAAAUCAUUAAUUAAUAUUUGUUUUGGUAAAAUAUUAGAGUCGACACGUUCACAAAGAAUAAUUAAAUUAGUAUCAAGAUAUGGUGGUCGAGGUGGAGCAAGAGCUUUGAUAUCAAAACCUAAUUUUCACAGCUCUUUAAUUAUUGAUGAUUUAGUUAUUGUUGAAAUGAAACGAUUAAAUAAUAUUAAUUUUGUAUAUAUGGAUACUGAUAGUGCAAUUUUAGAGAUUUUUACAGCAGAUAUCUAUGAGUUUAUUCGUAGAGAAUGUAAUAAUUUUGAUACAUCUGAUUACCUUCUAAAUAAUCGAUAUAACAUUCCUCAAAAAAAUAAAAAAGUACCAGGUAUUAUGAAGGAUGAACGCAAUGGAAAAAUUAUGAAGGAAUUUGUUGGGUUACGUUCGAAAGCAUAUUCAUUUCUAGUUGAAGAUGAGACUUGUAUCAAUAAUGUAAAACUUCAUAAAAAAGCUAAAGGAGUAAAAAAAUCAUCAAUGAAAACGAUAACUUUUGAAGACUAUAAAAAUUGUGUUGAAAAUCAUGUUCAAAUAUCUAGAAAACAAAAUUCAAUCCGCUCUGAAAAACAUCAAGUUUAUACAAUUACCACAGAAAAAAUAGCUUUAAGUUGGAAUGAUGAUAAAAGAGAACUUAUUGAAGGUAAAAAUUAUACUCUGCCUUGGGGUUAUGCAAAAGAACUUAGAAAUAACAUUAAAUAA